GAGAGAGGAAUGAGAUUACAGUUCCAAAGAACAGUGAGAGAGGUUUCCAAAACAAAACCCAAUAUGUUCAUGAAUUGUCUGAAAUCUGAAUGAUACCCAAAAAAAUAAAAUAAAAUUCGAUUUGGGACAAAAAAAAAAAUCGAAACUUUUUGGUUUGUUUAUUUCUUUCUAUAAAUUCCCAUUUUCUCCGUUUCGUCAAAAUUCACUCUUUGUGAACCUACGAAUCCACAGACGAUUCUGUGAAUUUUAAUUGAAAAAAGCAAGCAAGCGAGUGAUGAAAAUGAGUUUCUUUUUAAUAUAAAAAAGUUUGGGUUUUUAUUAGUAUCAAAGUUGGAGGGGUCGUCUCGUCUCUGUCUCUGUGUGGGAUAGAGAUAGUUUUUGGGUUUCAAUAAAGGGACAAGGAGCGUCGACGAAAUAUUAUUACAAUAGACAAAGACGAGAGAGAGCGUCAGAGAGAGAAAAUCAAUGGAAGAGACAGCGAAGAAGAAGAAGAUGAACGAUGAUUCCAAAAAGAAGGAGCGUCAUAUUGUUACCUGGUCACAAGAGGAAGAUGAUAUACUUCGAAAGCAAAUCACUUUACAUGGAACUGACAAUUGGGCGAUCAUUGCUUCUAACUUCACUGAUAAGAGCACCAGGCAGUGUAGAAGAAGAUGGUAUACAUACUUAAACUCUGAUUUCAAGAGAGGAGGUUGGUCCCCUGAAGAAGAUACUCUUUUGUGUGAGGCACAGAGAGUGUUUGGGAACAGAUGGACUGAGAUUGCAAAAGUGGUCUCAGGCAGAACGGAUAAUGCAGUGAAGAACAGGUUCACGACACUCUGCAAGAAGAGAGCUAAGUAUGAAGCUAUGGCUAAAGACAAUAGACUUGCUUCUUGUGUCAACUCAAACAACAAAAGGAUGUUACUCCCAGAUUGUGGUGUCAGUACACCGCAGAAAGCCGAAAGCCACUCCCCUCUUGCUAAAAAGAUGAGGAGAAGUGACGCUCCAGAUCUUACAGCGUUCAGUCGCUAUGGGGAUAGAUCACACAUAAAGGUUAACUCGGGUGUGAAUCAGCAUCUCUAUGGGGAUAUAUCACAUAUAAAGGUUGAUUCGGGUGUGAAUCAGCAGAUAAGAUCUCCACUUUUGGUACUAGCCCACAAUGAGGAGAAGAAUCAAGCAGACAGUGCCAAAGAGACUGAAGGUGAGGAUAAAGAGGUGUUUCUUAAGAAGGAUGAUCCAAUGGUAACAUCUUUGAUGCAACAAGCCGAGCUUCUCAGUUCAUUGGCCCAGAAAGUUAAUGCAGAUAACACAGAACAAAGCAUGGAGAAUGCCUGGAAGGUCCUGCAAGAUUUCUUUAAUAAAAGCAAAGAGAAUGAUUUAUUCAGAUACGGACUACCUGAUAUCGAUUUCCAACUUGAGGAAUUUAAGGAUCUUGUUGAGGACUUGAGGAGUAGUAAUGAAGAUAGUCAAGCAUCUUGGAGGCAACCGGAUCUCCAUGAUUCACCUGCAAGUUCUGACUAUAGCUCAGGAUCAACUACAAUGCCGCAUUCUUCUAGUGAUCAAACCCAACAACCCAUGUCUGGUUCUCAGACAGCAACACAGGAGUUAAAUCCUACGGAGUUACUACCAGAUAAUGGGAUUGUCUCUGAUGCAACUGUGGAACCAGUGGAUUUACUUUCAACUUGUCAUGAUGUUUUCCAUAAUGAGGUUGUGCCUGUGUCGGCCGACCAACAGUUUAACUCUCCUGUUCAAGUCACUCCAUUGUUCAGAUCUCUAGCAGCAGGCAUCCCAAGCCCACAGUUCUCUGAAAGUGAGAGGAACUUUGUGCUAAAAACACUUGGUGUUGAGUCCCCAUGUCCAAGUGCUAAUCUUUCACAACCACCUCCUUGCAAAAGAGUCCUUCUUGAUAGCUUGUAAACCAAACCAAAGCUCUAAACCCAAAAAAAAACGUCCUCAAGACCGCGGUUAUGUCUCCAUGGAGCUGACAUAACUUGCAUUUCUUCUCUCUUUCUUCUUAGAUUUUCUUCAUAUAUAGGUUUUGCAGCCACAUCGGCCUGAAAAGUUUUUGUGAAGCGGGCGUGCCAUGAUCUGCAUUUUUUUUCCCUCAGUGUUCAUAAUCUAGAAUCUAGAAUGUUAAAGGUAACAUUUCUAAGUCUAGACCUGAGUUUCUCUCUCAGAUACUCAGGAUUUCAGGAGUGUCAUCACCAUACUUAAAACCCAUUUCAUCAAAGGGUUAAGAAGUAUGUGUGUUUUUUUUAAAUUAAUGACUGUGUGUAAGAAACAUUCUUUUGUUUGUUCUCCCUCUUUUAGGGUCAAAAACCCGGAUACAUAAUCCGGGUCUUUUCCUUCCCAAUGAAUUCUUGAUUUGUUGUGUUCUUGAUUCUCUGUACAGUGACCUAUAUAUUACAUUGAGAUUGGAGUUUUUGUUUCAGAGUUUAAAAAGGGAUAAACAACUGCAGAGAGGCAUCUCGCUUUUCUAUAUACAGUGAUGAAUAGAAAACAUGAAGAAGAAAAAUGAAACAUGAAGAAACAUAGGGUUUUGGAGAAUCUUCAGUUUUUUUGUUUAUGUUAGUAACUUCUCAAAGGUGUGAGGAAAAGAAGAUAGAAAAUAAGGAUAAUUUGUGGUUUCCUGUAAAACCCUUUCAGAAGAUUCAUGUGAUUUGUAAGAGAUUAUUCUGAGUUGAAGUGAUUUGAUUUUGGUGUGAA